UUACCUAAAGAAAAUCUCCUGCUGCUGAGACACAUGAUAGCGAUGCUGCACCACAUACAACUCAAUGCUGAGCACAACCAGAUGACCUCUUUUAACCUGGCUGUGUGUAUAGCACCUAGCUGUCUGUGGAAUUGCAAACUAUCGCUAUCUCAUGAAAAAGACGCCAAAAAGGUGUGUGACCUUGUGCGUGUCUUGAUUGACAACUGCUGUGCGUUGUUUGGGGAUGAAAUUAUAACCCUCUUAAUGGAUUUGACUGAGGACAAUAGAAGCAACAGUGGAUCAGUUGGGUCCCUGCAGCAGAUGUCAGAUUCAGGUUAUGAGAGUCUAAAGAAUGAGGUGAAUACAGACACAGAGGACAUUUCUAAGAGCCGUCCUCUGAAAGACAGUCGUAGUAUGGACUCACUCAUGUCACUGAGUGAUUGUGACCUCGAUAUUCCAGAAAACCACCUGCCGUCUUCCACCCCAUUGGCACAACUCAGGAACUUUUCACCUGCAGUGCGACAGCUCCGAUCCCUUAAAUUAUACAGACGCUCCAUGUCCACCAUUGCUUUGACUUCUCAUCAGCAGGAAGUAACCCAAGAAAGUGGAAAACAUGAAGAGUUUAAGAGACCUGAUGAGGUCAAUGAUAAUUUGGUUUUGGAACAAAGCUUUCAACAACUGAAUUUCAUGAGAGAAAAACAAACUCCACCAACCUCCAAUGUGUCAUCGACAGGAACUUCACCAACACAUACAUCUGUGAGUUCAAUAGACAGUCCAUUUUCUCUGUCCACCUGUAUGACUCGUCAUUCUCCUCAGGACUCUCCAGACAAGGGACAAUCUGAUUUGCUCGCUCAAAAUGGCGCAGACUACCAAAACUCAAACAGCUUGCCGAACGAAAAAUCAUCUCCGCCACAUCAUCAGAGGAACAUCACUGAUAUUGAAAUGAGUUUACAAUGUAAAGAGCCCAAAAAUCCUCCUCCUUAUCAGCAGGCCUUUCAAAAACUCAACAGAAAAACAUUCUCACAGACUCCCACUCAAAUGCAUUCACAUAAAGGAAAAGGCCUUUUCUACAGGGGGCCCGGGAGCCCCACGCACAGUCCAUUAGGAGACCCCAAUGUGUCCCCUGACCCUCAGACCGUCAGGUUCACCUGUCAAACCAGGACUGAAGAAGAGGUCAAACUACCACAGAGUGUGUUUUACGGACAGAGCUGCAACUUGACGGUGCACAAAGUCAGGGAACAGAAUGCAGGGUUGAAGUCUAGCAAACUCUCUGGGGAGCAGUUGAGGUUUAAAGCUCUUGAUUUGCACCCCUCCUCUGGAAAAAUAGUCGGGGACUACUUUAUGGAUGCUUCUCCUCUCAGAGAGAAGCAGGCUCAAAGGCUCAGUUGUUGCAGUAGCAGCCAGUGGAUUGUCUGAAGCCAAUGGGAACAGUCUUUUUCAAAAACAGCACAUAAACACUGG